AGCGAUUCUAUUUCUUGUGUAAUAUCGCGAUUCUACUUAUUCAAGUUUUGUGCUAUUUGAGUGGUCAUCAACAAUGUCUGUUUCUGAAUUCUUUAUCUUAACGCUCCAUGGGGACCGACUUAUCUACCACGAUUUGCGAAGUGAAAUGCCGAAGGGCACUCCGGAGUUGUUCUAUCGAACGAUCCAGUUCUGGGAGGAUGUAAACCCACCUCCUGUGUUUGACUGCGAUGGAAUCCACUUUUUACAUAUUCGGAGAAACCGCUUUUAUUUCGUCUUCUCCACGAAGGUGAAUGUCUCUCCCACGUUCUAUCUGGAGCUUCUUCUGCGUAUUGCAGACCUGAUUAGUGAUUAUAUCGGUAGUCUUACAGAAGGUGGUUUGCGGAAGAAUAUGACUUUGAUUUACGAGUUAAUAAACGAAAUCAUGGAUUCGGGCUAUGUGGAGAGCACUUCCGCGGAAUUCCUCCAGGACUACGUGUCUGCACGCUCGGAGAACAACGCCGUUCAGUUCAUGAACAAGCUCUCCACGCUGGUCGGCCAGGACCUCGGCAUGAAAACGAUCGUGGACAAGAUGAAAUCGACGGGCGAUCUGUACAUCGACGUGAUCGAGAGCGUGCACUGCGUCCUCGACUGCAACUCGCAAGUCACCAACAGCGCCCUCGAAGGCACCAUCCAGAUGCGGAACGCUCUGGAGGGCCAUCCCCGUUUCCACGUUCGUCUCAACAACAACAUCGUGGUGGGACGCACCAGCGAGGACCAGCCCGACGCGCUGCGCGUGGACGACAUGAACUUCCACCCCUCCGUGGACGUCGCCAGCUUCGAGAAGGACCACGUGCUGCACCUCACGGGGCCGGACGGCACGUUCACCGCCAUGAAUUACCGCUCGACGCGGCCGUUCUUCCCGCCCAUCCUGGUGCAGCCGAUCGUGGAGUACACGUCGGAAUACAAGAUGGACAUCGUGAUCAAGCUCACCACCAACUUCGCGCCCGAGCUGCGCUGCGACGAGCUGUACGUCUCCUUCCACACGCCGCUCAUCACGUCGUCAUGCAAGUGCGAAUUGCCCGCCGAGGCGAAGAAGCAGUCCACCGACUACAGCGAGACCAAGCGGCUGGUCAUCUGGAAGAUCGUCGACGCGCCGGGCAGACAGGAGUUCUUCCUCCAUGUGAUCAUUACGCUCACGAAGCCGUAUGAUAUGUUCACCGUGAAGACCAUGGGCGCCAUUGCGCUGCACUUCACGAUCUCGAAUAUGUCGCUUAGCGGAAUGGCGGUGCAGGGAGUGGAUAUCGACAGACUGACUAAUAAUCCCGAUGUGCCAGAACCGAAUCGCUGGAUUCGGUACAAGGUGAAGUCCUCGUCUUAUGUGUGCAGAUUUUGGAGUGUUUGUUUUACAAAUGGAUAA